AUGUGUGAGACUCUCACUGCCUCCUCACUGGGCUUUUCUGCAUUUUGGUCGUCUUUGCUUUCGCUGUUUUCGCCCUUGGUUCAGGCGGUUGCCCUUUUCCACAUCAUUUUUCUCGCUGCCGCUGUAUGCCGGGAUUUGCGGAUGCGGCGGCAGGGAUGGUGGAAGGAAGAGUACUUCCUCACUCGUGAUGCGGCCCAUGCUCAGGUCUUCAAGCUGAGCCUGGCCUCGAGACUUCGAGCGCUGGGCUGUGGUGCCUUGAGUGCCUUGAGUCGAAACGAAGCGAUGAGCCGGUUGGCCAACUACCUGGGGAUCUUCUGUGUAAGGACAGCGGCAGCCACGAAGUUGCACCUUACUGAGCUAGAUGUGCAAUUCAUGCUUUUGCACAUGUAUCAGGUGACUUUUGCGAAUGAAGAAUCUGCCUGGACACGAAAGCGGAAUGCAGACUUUCUUGCCUUGCAACUAAAGGUCCAGCAGGCCAUCACUGCCUCGUACUCUGAAUUGGUUUCGCAGCCCAGCAUUCGAAGUCGUUUCUGGAUUUUCUUUCUGCAGUUCCAGCCGCACCGUGCUGUGCAGAGCUAUUCGCUGGUCACUCGAUGCUUCAUGCGUGCGUGCGUGGUGGUGGCCAACAUCUUUGGCCGCGUGGCCCUUUCUGUUUUGUUCUUCCUCGUGGUCGGAGACACGCAACCUCGCAAUGACGAGUCUUGCAAAGCUGCGGGAUCGAGGCCAAGAGAGCAAUACGUCGAAGGUGUCGUUGGCGGUCUUGGCCUUCAACUACUCUUUUCCUGCAUCUCCAGGCUGCUGCAACUCCUUUGGACUGGGAUACUGCUGUUGUUCCACAGUCGGGAGUUCAAGCAGGAUGUGCAGUGGGAUGCGGAGUCGCGCCGUCAGCAGGUGACGAAGUGGUGGCUGCAAGAUGUGGCGUUUGCAGCACUUAUCUUGCUGUACUCGUUUGGCUGCUGCAUGCUUGGAACGGCCUACGUUGCAAGUGCAUCAGAUGAGGACGGGCAGCGAUGGCUUGCAAGCUUUGCUACGAUGGCCGGGUGUGAAACGAACUUGUCAUUGUGUCUCAAGCACAGGAUUGGUAGCCGACACGUGAGCCAAGUGACACCCCUUGAAAGAGGGUGUGCAGUUCAUUGGUGGGUAACAAUCCGGAUUUUGCCAAUGUCAGCCCCUACAUGCCACCCCAGUUCAGUAGGGGAUGUAGGCCCCUGGUAA